ACGCACCCAACCUGCCCCAAGCCACCAAGGAAGCAUUGAGCACCACAAACUGGCAGGGGAGACAGCAAGAAAGUCAUGGGCAUUUUGGGCAAUCAACACACAACAAUAAGGCGGUUUGUGUACGAGGUCGAGGAGAUGACCAAACCAAAGAACAGCACCGUCGGAUUUCAACAAUGACCCACCGCCUAUCUCUGUCGAUUUGCAUAGCUCAUCCUGGGUAAUGUGAAAUUCGACGCGUACCCGUAACGCCGAUUCGUUGUUCCUUAUAUUGGAUUUGGUAGCUGGUUAAGCUCAAGUUAUUGAACUUUCUCGCUUGUUGGUGAAGACCCAGCGGGCUGUUCCAGGUUGUGCUUUAAGUAACCACUAUGGAGCGUAUUGGUGGUCUUGGGUUUAGUGACGCAAGCAGUGCUGUGAGGAAGAAGAGGAGUAACACAUCCCGUCGUCCCCGGAAUGACUCACAACAGCUUUCAGAUUAUCGUGAUGUUUCAUCUUUAUCAUCCACACCGCCUUCAGACAACAAUAUGAUCAAGAAUGAAGAUGGUUCAUUGGGCGAAUCCGAUGAAGCUUCGAACAGUGGUUCAUAUGGGGGCAGUAAUGAGCAAAGACCCAGUGGAGUCAGUUCUAGAAGGUCCAGUGAAGGCGUCCUUGCCCCAGCUAAUUGGAAAGGCACUAACAUGUCAGGUUAUUCUGGACUUGGAGUCGCUCCAGAGGGAUUGGGAAAUGAGAAUAAAGUUAAAAAGGUUAAGCUUAAGGUUGUUGGUGUUACACGUACCAUCGACGCCAACUCUGCAUCAGAUGGCGCCUCAGCUGUUGGGUCUUAUGCUACAAAAUCUUCUCGAAUUUCUGAGGGUCCUCCACGCCGGAAGUUUAUUAUUCAGGAGGAGAUUUUGGAUGAUAAUCCCUCCUUCACUACUGAAAAGGCAGGUGGCUUGCAAGGUGUUCCGUGGAAGGAUUUUGCCAGAAGUGCUGCAAGUGUUGGAAGAGUAGAGUCUUCACAAGCUGGGCUACCUGGUGACAAAACAUUUACUAAGCAAAUAGACAAUUAUGAGCCAGUUCGUAAGAGCAAGCGUGUUCCAAAGAAGCGUUUAUUAGAUGGAGUGCUUGAUGAUGGAGUUGAUGACAAGAUUCAGUACCUUGAAAAAGUGAAUGCAUCCAAUGUCGUUAUUGACUAUGAUGUGGAAUACAAAGAUGAAUACGACAGAGCAAGCAGAAAACAAAGGAAAAGGAACAUCGGUGGCCUGUAUGAUGUGGGGGAUUAUGGCCAAUCAGUACUGGGUAAGGAGGGUAAGAAUUCCAGAUCAGUGAGAGCAUCAGAUGAUGUAGAUUAUCUAGAAGAAGAAGAGCCGGUGUCGGAUGGUGAGACGGAAACUAGAAGGAAGAAACCAAAAAAAGAGUUCAUUGAUUCAUUGGGAGAUCCUAAGAGGGAAAUGACAGUAACCACGCGUCAACGAGCACUUCAAACUGGCACAGAUGUCUCACCUGGCCUCGGUGCUAGCAUUAUCGAGUUUCCAAAUGGCUUGCCCCCUGCUCCUAAAAAGCAAAAGGAGAAACUCUCUGAAGUGGAGCAGCAACUGAAGAGAGCUGAGGCACUUCAGAGACGUAGGAUGCAAGUAGAAAAGGCAGCUAGGGAGUCUGAGGCUGAGGCAAUCAGGAAAAUUCUUGGCCAAGAUUCAAGUAGGAAGAAGAAAGAAGAUAAGAUAAAGAAACGUCAAGAAGAACUUGCACAGGAGAAGGCUGCAAAUGCAAUGAUGCUUAAAUCAGAUUCUGUUAGAUGGGUAAUGGGCCCUUCAGGAACUAUAGUCACAUUUCCCAGUGAGGUUGGCUUGCCAAGUAUAUUUGACCCGAAGCCUUGCAGCUAUCCUCCUCCACGAGAAAAGUGCGCUGGUCCAUCUUGUACAAAUCCAUACAAGUAUCGAGAUUCCAAGUCGAAACUCCCAUUGUGUAGUCUACAGUGCUACAAGGCAGUUCAUGAAAAGAUGAAGCCUGUAUCUGCCUGUUAAUUGGGAUCCAUAUGCAAGUUAAGAACUAGUGGAUGGCAAUGCAUUGUAUGUAUUUUUCAGACAUGGGGUUCCAUUUGUCCCAUUUUCUGGUCUAAGUUUAACUGUGCUGCAAGGUUGCUAAUGAUAAUGAUUAUAUGAAGAUUUUGAUAACUCUCAUAACUGACCAGCGCACAGAUACGUUUAUUUUUAGUCAUUAUAUGUAAGCAAUAAACUCUGUCUUCUGUGUCAUUUGGAAGCUCCAUUCUUUACUUGGAAUCAAAACUGUGUUUUUUUCUC